AUGGGAGGCGAACGGAGCUCCCCAACUUCCUCUAUAGACAGCAGCAGCCAUCCAUGUCUUUCUUCUACAUCUGUGUCCCGAGCACGAGGAGAUUUGAGCACAGAUUUGAAGCUUGGUCUUAGCAUAUCGACAUCCUCCUUGCAGGGUGAUGCGAGAUCACAACUCUCCAACUGGCCACCGAUAAAGCCAUUACUGAGGAGCACGCUAACAGGAAGAGGAAAUCCCCUAAAUCCACCAACCUUAUUUGUGAAGGUCUACAUGGAGGGAAUCCCCAUCGGCAGGAAGUUAGAUCUCUAUUCGUUUAACAACUAUGAUGGUCUCAUGCAAACACUUCGCCUCAUGUUUAAGACGACAAUAAUUUUGACUCCUGAACUUGGUCCUGUGUCAUCUACGAAGAUUCAUGUGCUCACAUACGAGGACAAGGAAGGAGACUGGAUGAUGGUUGGAGAUGUUCCGUGGGAACUUUUCUUGACCGCUGUUAAGAGAUUAAAGAUCACCAGGGCAGACAGAUGCUAGUGUUCAUGCCCUUCCUAAUUUUGCUGCCAAAAUUACAGAAAGAAGAGUGCAGGUGCAUAGGAAUAUAGGAUAUAAUUCUUUUGUUUUUUGUUUUUUAAAGUUUCCCUCCUACCAAUAUUGCCAUUUAACUUUCUACUCCUACAGACCCUUUGCUUCUCUUAAUUGGAUGUACCCUCCUCACUGUGAUAUUACAGAAAUAAAUCUGGUAAAGAAAAAAAAAUGAAGUGAGAAUUCUAAUCUUUUGCUUUAA